UUGACUUAUGGAUUCUGAUGCUGUGAUAUUGUCAUGGCAUGCAGUCCCAGAUACAUGUUGAAGCAAGAUGUCUCAAAAGUCGUUAGAUCUGUAAACAAACAACUGCGUGAGAAAUCUAUCAAAACUAAGGUUGGUGCCUUCUCGGUCUUGAAAGAACUGGUAGUUGUGCUGCCUGAUUGUCUUGCAGACCAUAUUGGAUCUCUUACUCCUGGAAUCGAGAAAGCAUUAUGUGACAAAUCAUCUACCUCAAAUUUGAAGAUUGAAGCUCUUGUUUUCACAAGAUUAGUGUUAGCCUCACACGCCCCUUCUGUUUUCCAUCCCCACAUUAAGGUAAUGUGUAAUGUAAUUGUUGCUUUGCCAUAGUAACUAUUAAGAAUG